AUGACGACGGCUCCGGUUCAUCCGGAGGCUUCUGGAGCCAGCGAGCUUCUCGAGGAGAACUGCUCCGCCUCCUACAUGACCCCUUAUGCUACCGUUGUCGCCAUGACGUCAUUUUAUCUGCUCGCUUUGUUUUGUUUCUGCAAAAGUCAGUCAUACUUUCUAAUAAAUUUUACGGAAACAGAAAAUUUGUGAUGUAAAAAUAAAACCAUAAAAAUAUAACUUCCCAAAAUUUGGGCUAAAAAUUAUCUGAACCUUUUUUUCCGCCUGAAGACAUUACAUAUGGGUAGGGACCGCAAGCCAUUUCUUCAGAACGAUUCAAAAAAUAUGUUUUUCACAUUGUUCGAUAGAGAAGACUGUCCAUUUUCAUAAUCCGUUUAGUUUUUAAAAAAAGCUUCACUAAGAAAAAAGUUAUGGCCAAAAAACGAGCGCGCGCGGCGUACAACUGGAGGCAAAAUCUCACGGUUUACCCGCUGCCGCACGCUUUCUUUUUAAAUGUUUUUGCGCGUUUCUGGACCGUUUUUAAAUCGGUUUUAUGUUUUGAGAGGUUGUCCGAACUGAUCCUCAUGUUUUGGUAUGAAUCUUUUGUACAAUCCUCAUAAGAAUUUUUUUGAUAAAAUAUCAAAAAAACUACCUAGAAAAAAAGGUCAAAGGGAUUUUUUUCAGCUUAUUUUUUUCUUUUUUUCUACUCAGGAAAAAUUAUUAUCAUUCGAUUUGGAAAAAUGAAAAAAAUAAUGUUAUUUCGAAAUAAAACAGGAAAAAAAGUGCAAUUUGACUCCGAAAAAAACGGCUCCUGCGACAUUUAAAAAGGGCGCAUCGGUGUGUUUGAUGCAAACACUGCUACGGACGCUUGCACGAAAUCUUCCGAAAUUUCAAAAAAAUUGCCAUUUUUUUCGAGGUUUUUCAAAGCCGUUAUUUUUUUCGCGUCGAUCGAUUUUUUUCAUAAUUUUUUUUCAUUGAUAGAAUUUUUGAACGCUUAAUAACAUAAUCAAAAAAAUAUAGACGCGAUCCUAUUCUCUCAUGCGUCAACGAGGCAGGCGAAAAAAAGGAGGUUUUGGUAAAACUCAAAUAUAAUUUGAUUCGCUGUCCCAAUAAUAAUUUUUCAUUUUGAAUUUUUAUUUUUUUGGACACACUGUUAGUUUUUAAAUCAAAUAAAAAAGUAUACCAUGUCGCUGAAAUUUUUUUUCGCAUUUCAGCUUCAAAGUUUGGUGUCACUUUACAAGCUUUAAUAUUUUUUUCGCGUCGGUAGAUUUUUAUUUUCACUCAAAAAAAUAAAGAAAGUCUUAAUGUAUAACAUACUUAAAAUUUAGAAGCGAUGGUUUUCUGAAACGCGACGAUUUUGUGAAACUUGUCAGUUUUUUUCGUGUUAAAUCUUACUUUUUCGCUUAUUUUUGAAAAAUACAUAGUUUAAAAAAUAUUCAGUCUUGUAGAGCGUUGUCGAUUACAUAGACUAACAGAAACAGUUCAUUUUUAAAGUGGGACUUUAGCUAGUAUAAACGCCUCAAAACCGUUUUUGCGACAAAAAAAAUCGUCAUUUUGGUGGCGUGAAGGGGCGGGGCUUUGCGCCCCCUACAUAUGGGACUUAACUCAGAGUUGAAGACCUCAAAAUAAAUAAGAAACGGUUUCAGAUGGCAAAAAAAUGUGUUUGCCUGUAGCGGACAGCAUUUAUCCCUACGCAAAGCGUAUGAAACAACUGGAAAGAGGUUUUUUUUUAAAAAUUUGAUUAGAUAUUGAAAAUACAAAAAAACUUUUCCGAGAAAAGUAAGUUUUUCUUAAUAUCAAAUUCGGAAAAACUUGAUUUCAAAAUUUAAAAAUAAAACGUAUUGUGGUUGAUUUCUCCAAAGUGAGAUGAAUGAAAAAUUACAAUUGAUGAAAGUUAUUUUAUUUUUUUGAAUCGUGAGCUCAAAAUGAAAAAUUCAAUUUUUUUAUAAAAAUCAAAACCUUGUUUGACUUGUUUUACUCAAAAAAAGAAAGUCUGAAAAACUUCGUAAAGUGAAAAAUAAAAACAAACCUUUUUAAAAUUAUAGUUGAGCGUUUUAAGCUUAUUUUCAUGAAAAUACCGGUCUGAUUAUUGCUAAUCGCAAGGUCUAUGUUCAAAGAUUCAAACCCAAAAAAUAAACAAAAAUAUCUAUUGAAGAGUUGCAACAUCUGAUUGUCGACGACGAGAACAUCGAAAUCGAAGAUUUUCAGCUGGGACAAGGUCACUUUGGAUUUGUUUUCAAGGGUGGCGUGUUUCCAAAGACUCAAAAAAGGUUUUUUUUUCGAAAUUCGUUUCAAGUCCUUGGAAUAUUUAGGUAUAAACAACGCGUGAACGCCGCGGUCAAGGUGACUCCUACGAUUAUUUUCAUUCAAACGAGUCUUUUAGAUGAGUUUUCCUAUCGUUAAAAAGUCCAUCUGCCUGUUGGAAGAGGCCGCCAGAAUGUCUCGACUGCAGCAUCCGAACAUUGUCCGACUCAUUGCAGUUUCGCGGCUCUCCUUCUCAGGUUUCCGAAUGCGACUCUAUUGGGAAGCCUUUUGCAGUUCUCCGACCACUGAUUGUAAUUGAAUGGUUACCUGGCGGCUCAUUGGCAGAGUUCUUCAAGAACCACAUUCGAGUAACUUUGAUAAGAUUUUUGAGAUCUGAGAAUGUUCAGAAUGUUGAAGAGCGGCAGCAACAAACUGUCAGCCUCACCGACAUGUUGAGCGUCAUGAAACAGGUUUCCCCUUCAUCUUUUUGAACCCUUUUUAUCGAUUUUGAUCGGAAAUUCACACUACGAAGACUCUAUAAAUUUUUUGCUACAUCAAAGAAAAUUUUCUGUUCCCCUUCCAAAGAGUCUUUUCUUUUUCGAGCUAGUGAACACCUUCAGAUCAGACUUCAAUUCGGUUGUACUCCUUGUUUUUCUUAGAUCUCCGAGGCGCUGACGCACAUCCACGAGUGUUUGGACGCGAUUAGCGGCUUGGAGAUGACACAUGGUGACGUCGCGGCAAGAAACGUCUUGCUCUCGAGUCAGGACAUCUCACGCUGCGUCGCCAAACUCGGUGACUUUGGCGUUCCUCCGCAGGGAGGACUUCAGCCGGUCGCCUGGCUGCCACCGGAGGUCCUAUGUUCUACUGACCGCUUCCCACGACACUUGCCGGAGUGCGACGUUUGGUCCGUUUCUUUUGACAACUUCUUUCGGAAAAUAGUUUCAGGAUGUUCGGAGUGUUUAUGUGGGAGUGUCUGACGCUUGGUGCAGAGCCACAUUACCAAAAAUCGCUAGAAGAAAUUAAAAGGUAUGUUUGAAAAUUUUUCUGUAAGAUUCUGGGUUCAGACUUAAUACCAUCAUAAGUAUUGAAGGUAUCUCUGCGAACUACGAUAUCCCAAAUCUGUGAGGAGUUUGGAUGAAAAAUUAUUCUGAACAUCAGAACAAGAUUUAAAAAAACGGGUUUUUCACCAUCUCGAAAGCACUGCUUUAAGGAGUUUCCGGCUACCCGAUCGAGGUCUCGCGUGCCCUCCUGGCUGUCCUUUGGACGUGUACACCCAAGAACCGCUUCAAAAGUUGAAACUGAAACUUCUAGGUGGUCUCUAGUGAUGGACUGUAUGUCAGACGCGCACUCUCGACCGCGUUUCUCAGCUUCGAGUUCGUCCAGAGCGUCGAUUCCUCUGCGGCUUCAGAACCUACACAGGUCCUUUAUGAUAACUGAACUUCGAAGAAUGAUUCCAGGAGCUCUUCGACGUCUCACGUACUGACUCCGAUGUCGAAUGCCUCAAAUUGCCGGUGCGCCGAGCACCGAUGCCGCGCCACUUCUUUUCUAUAGGACCGCCAUUCCCUAUGUCUGCCUAGAAUAAUAAAUUUCUAAUUAUCAACCUUCUUGGACGGAAAUUUCUUGUCUUCUCUUCCACGAGUGUUGAUAUUAGCUAGCAUCCUCCCACACACUCUAUGUUUCUCUCUCGAUUAGUUGUAUCACUAUUAUGGUCGUUUAAUCUGAUAUUGACUCCAUUUAGUACUCCGCAUCAAAUUAUGUUUCUGAAAACAAUGAGAGAUUCGGCUGCGACGCGAAUAUAAUCUCUGGAAGACACGGGAUGAAUGCCUUGGGGCCUAUGAUCCGGAUUUUGCCAUAAUCUUUGAAAGCUCUUUGUCGAUUAUUCAAAUCGAUGAGCGCGAGCUCGCAGAUUUUGUCCGUUCUCAAAGCUCCGUUCGAUAUCACUUUUGCUUUUUCUUUGCUUUUACUUUCCUCAUCCUUGUAUUAUAAAUUAUUCAAUAGAUAGAGCUCGUUUAAUGCAAGAAAACGUCUGCAUAAACAACCGUGAAAGAAAAGGAGUUUUAACGUUUUUGAUAAUGGAUUAACUCCUACUCGCUUCCUUUUUUUGCAUGAAGAAACUCUCUUCUCCUGCGGUUUUUUGAAGUUUUUGAUUUUUGAAUAAGAGACCUUACGACUUUUCACAAAAACUAAAGCUUUUGAUGAAUAAAUUUGAAUGCUGCAGCAAUUAAAAACAAUUCAAUGCUUUUUCCAACCAAAAUUUUUCCUUUUUGUCAAAAAGGUUUCUGGUGGUUAUAAUUGACGGUUGCAUUCUAAAAUAUUCUCAUCAAGUCUUUCUCCGUUUUUUUCAUCCUUCUUUUCAGUUGUUAUUAUGUCUGCGUGCAGUCUCAUAAUCUUAAUUUCUUUUUGUGAAAUACGCUUUUGAACCACUUUUAGUUAAUUUUUUUCAAUCGUGUAACGCAAAAUUUUUUACGACGGCUUUUUUUAAGGAAAAAAAAACUAGGUAAUUUUGAAUUCUUCCUGAAAUAAGAUUCACUUUUAAUUUACUUUCUGAUGAUCUCACCUGCGGAUCCUUUUCUCUCCAUAUACAAACAAAACUUCUCCCAUUUUCGACUCUUUGCCAUCCUAUCAUCCAGCUGUUAAGCGCUCGAUUCAAGUCUCUGUCAGUAAAAGGCAAGUACUGGCACGAGGAGCCAGAUCCAAUUGCGGCGCAAAUAGGUUGGAAUGUUGCCGAAAACAAGUGGCUACCGGAAAACGUCUUAUCGCCGGAGAUGAAUCGCAAAGGAAAGGCGAUUAGCCAACAAGUUGUGAGAGGCAGCUAGAGAAAAGAAGAAGCUCCUCGAGCCAAGGCACUCGCCCUAUUACCAAUUAGCCGAAUUGCGUUCUUUUUUCGCUGCCCCUUUCUGUCCUCCCUGCCCAAACAGCACGAUUACGCGCCAAGUCGUCGCAGAAAUGCUCCGUUUUCACACUCUCCGCGGCUGCAGAGUCAGCCACUCAUUCGAGCAGAAGACGUCGUCGACGGACGUCUGAGGACGUCGCUCACCUGCCCAUGUCGGAGACGUCGCUCAACGUGCAAAAGGGCUCCUGGCUGUGCGCCUUUUCGCAUCGCGCCACCUCCAUCGUCUUCUCCGCUCUCCAAUUCGGCUUCUCCGUAAUUAUCGGGUUCGUUACAAUUUAACGAUUGAAACUAUUGAAAGAACAGUGAAAAAGGAGUAACAAUUUGCAAAUUUGACUCGCAAUAAUGGAGUUUCCUCGUUUCGUUUUAAUAAACCAAGAUAGACUGUAUAUUAUAAUAUGGUUUUUUUCUUUUCUUUUAUAAAUUUCGCCUUAUUUAGAACUCUAGAUUAAACAAACCCUGUAUUCCAUCGUUCAAAUCCUUCCCUCACAGUUGCAAUUUUCCUCAUAAUUGAUAAAAAAAUGUCUUUUUCAAUAGAAAAAAGCUCCUCAAGAGAUUUAAUUGGAUCUAUGAAAACCGUUCAGACUAAUCUACAAGCUGAAGUUGGAACGAAGCGUGAUCGUCAACAUUCUCUUCGGAAUCCACAUGACUUGUGCUGCCGUCGCGCUGCUCUUCCUCAUCUUCUGUAUUGCCAAGCGGAAGCUCGGCACUUUUUAUGAGAUUCUUCUUUACACUUAUUUACUGACAAUUGUAAGUCCUUUUUUGCAUCUCGAGUUUCCUUUUGUUUUGAAAAUCUCAGAUUUAACCAAUCUGAAGCGCUCAAUUUUUUCAGUUGCUUAUGGGUUUGACUUCCUUAUUCGGAGUAAUGUACGUCCCGUUGUCCUUCAUCCAAAGCGCACACACUCUAUCAGAAGGCAAGAAUUUUAACAAGAAUCGCGGUCACUUAUGACGAAUUGAAUGGCUUUCAUCAAGAAGAAUAAUUUGCUUAUUGCAGGUAUCGACUAUUUCCUGCUGUUCCUGAGCACUUUUGGCAUGUUCGCUCUUCAGUUUCUACAGAAAAAUCUUACUGAGCAAAUGCUGCCUGUUAUGGAGCACACUUUUAAAUGA